GCGAUCGUGCGCAGCAGCAGCGGCAGCGGCAGCGCCAUAGAAUUAAGCAGCAGCAGCCAGCUAUGAGUAUAGCUAGCCCCCAGUGCGCAGAAGCAUACAUGUGCUGUGCAUACAUUCACGAUUAUUCGCAUUCAAAUUCGCAUUCGCACUCGAGGACGCCGUAACGCUAUUAUUGUUACAUGGCAGAAUGCACGCUGCGCACAGCCUUCGUACAGAGAGGCUCCAUGAACAGCGGCGGGCUCUAUAGCUCUAUACAGUUGAAUCACUGCAAAUCAGGAUGCCGGUCGCGCGGUGAUCAGGCUGCCUCGCUCCGUGAGCGGCGUUUCAGCAGCCAGCAGGCGGCGCUGUGUACCGCGAUACUAUGGACUGUAGUCGUGAGCAGUGUCGUCAUCAUCAGGCACCUGAACGGCGGGCGAAUUUGCCGCCGGCACAGCCUCACCACGCCGUCGCGGUUCUUGCAUGGGCCCCAGGCACGCACAGCUCCGAACGUUUGCCCCAAUCAAGUUACGACAAUUAUUCGUGAUUCGUAGCGAAGCCCAAGGCGGACAACUAGGAAAAUCAGAGACCAGACCAACGAAAAAGUGCUCGUGUUUGCCAUCCAAGGAUCGUCGCCCGCCAUGGCUGCACGUAGCAAUGCAGACUUCGAUGGGCA